AAAAGUAUUUCAUAAUUCAUGUUAUCAUAUUAUACAAUAUAAUAUCAAAAUAAUACUAUCAAUCCUGACAAACUCAUUAGGUAUGUCGAUAGCUUUUGUUAUCAACUUCACUACAUGGCUACUAACAUUCUUCCGUAAGCUUCCGGCGAACACCGACAACCAUCUUAAGUUAUUGACAUACCUAUUGCCAAUCUACCGUAAAUAAUUUAAUUUGUGAUUAUGGGAAGCAAAGAGAUAGUGUUGCAUGUAUUUUAGAAAAAUAGAUAAAUAAUUAAAAAGUGAAUAGUAAAUACUGAUCGGAAACAAAUUGUAUUCAAACCUAAAUGUAUAUUAGUUCCAGUUGUGUCUAGUUGACUUCUUCAGUUUUAUGUAGGCAAUUUAACAAAUAUAUUGAAAUAGACUUAAACCAUACAUUUAAUUUUUUGCGAGUUGGUUUUUAGUUCUAAUGUAUUAUGUAGUCAACUAGACUUGUUCAAUUUAUUGGCACGCGGCUGCUUCUGAAUAAAGAAUAUUAAACAGUUUUGUUUAAUUUUCAUUAUGUCAAGCUGGGACACAGAUAGUAGUUCUGAUUCAAUUCCACUAAUUGUUUAUGCCAACAACAAUCGUUUACCAGGUAGUAAUGACUCGGUAGCCGAAUCAGACAGUGAAGAUAAUGAAAGUAUUCAAGAUAAUUCUGAUACUUCAUCUGGAGACAGUCAUAAUGAUGCCAUAUUACUCAACACUGACGAUUCUGAUAUUGGGCCUAAUAGUCCUACAUUAAGUUUUGCCAUUGAUGAUCCAUUUUUGGAAAAUCUGUACCAAGAUAAUAUCAAUGUUACCGCACCUAAACCUAACUGGUGUACACCAAAAGAAUUGUACAAUAGAGAAAUUGGAAAAUACAGCAGUCCUGCUAUUUGGUGUAAUAAAUUUUAUGGUUCGAUGACUGCCGUGCAAAAACUUAAAUUGGUUCAUCAAUUGAAAGGCCAUCGUGGUUGUGUAAAUACUUUGGAUUUCAAUCCUGGAGGUGAUAUUAUUGCUAGCGGUUCUGACGAUCAAAAUAUUUGCCUCUGGAACUGGUCUCUAGGAAAGUGUUUAUUAAAAUAUGACAGUGGACACCAUGAAAACGUUUAUCAGACCAGAUUUUUGUUAUCUCAAGGAGAUAUUCGUAUUGUGUCAUGCGGACGCGAUGGUUUGGUGAGAUUAUCUGCUGUUGGCAAAAGUCAUCUAUAUUAUAACAAACUACUGGCAUCUCAUUACCAUUCCUGCAACAAACUUAGUGUACAUAAAGAUUUACCGUAUGUAGUUCUUAGCUGUGGUGAUGACGGAGUUGUAAAAUCCAUUGACAUUCGUGAAUCACCUAUUUACGAAAAUGUUAAUUCCACAAACAUACAGAAAAUAUGUAAUGAAAAUGGUUCUGUCGUACGAUUAUUCGGUGUUGAUACAAAUCCAAUGAAUUCGUUGGAGUUCAUUGUACACGGCGAUGAUAAAUUUGUAAGGAUGUAUGAUAAAAGAAAACUAAAGAAAGAGCCUGUAAAAAUAUUUUGCAGAAAAGGUUUUUCUAUGAUCGAAGGAGUGUCGCAUAUCACCUCGGCUGUGUACAACUAUUGUGGUACAGAAAUUCUAGCGUCUUACAGUGAGGACGACAUUUAUUUAUUCGAUGUCAACAGUUCGCCUGACACACAUCUUCAUCAGUAUGGAGGUCAUCUGAAUAAAAUUACAGUCAAGGGUGUCAAUUUUUAUGGACCUAAAGGCGAAUUUGUUGUAUCUGGUUCCGACUGUGGCCAUAUUUUCAUAUGGGAUAAAAAGACUGAAGCCAUCGUACAAAAGAAACACGCCGAUGCAAACGGAAUUGUUAAUGUACUGGAACCGCACCCGCACAUUCCUACUUUAGCAACGAGUGGUUUGGACAAGACUAUUAAGAUUUGGCAACCACUAAAGGGAUGCAUAGAACCAAAUAUUCUAAAACUAAAAAAAUCGAUAAUCCAAAACCGAAUUGAAAGAGAGCGAGGUAUCAGAAGGGAUUAAUCGUGAACGAAAUUUGGAUUAAUACUUCAUUUAACAAUUUAACUAUACUUCAUGAAUUUUUGUUGAAAAAUUUGUCUCAGUCAGUUCUCGGUUCUUUGACCAAACUCCAUUAGGCAAUCAGAACUGGACUUUUUUGGAGACUGAAAAAUCCACUUCCUUUUAUUAAAAUAUAAUGCCUAAAGAAUGAUGAAGUCACCAACCACCAGUUUGUUUGAUCCCAACAAUACUUCAUAGUAUUUACUUUGCUUAUUACUUAUUGUUUUGUAUUUUAUUUGUACAAAUAAAUUAUUUCUUGUAAUAAAACUAUUACCAGUUUGUUUGAUCCCAACAA